AGAAGUCGCAGCUGACCCCCAGACAGAACUUAGUCUAUCUGGGGAUUCAGAUGGAUUCUCGGGGUUUUCGAGUAUUUCCUUCGCAAGAGAGACUCGCGAGAGGCUUGGAGAAAGUCUCUCUCUUCUUAAGGAAAGAACAGACGUCGGCGAGGGAAUGGUUAAGCCUUCUGGGGACCCUUUCCUCGCUCGAACAGUUCUUUCCUCUAGGAAGACUUCAUAUUCGUCCACUUCAAUUCUUUCUCAAGAGGUCUUGGAGUUGGAAGACAGGAAAUCUAGCAGACGCCUUUCCCAUUCCAGUGGAGAUUAAGCCGCACUUGGAAUGGUGGUUGCCCCCAUUGAAAGAGAACAAGGGAAUCUCAAUGAAGGUUCAGAGCCCAGACCUAGUGUUAUACUCCGACGCGUCGGAGAAAGGUUGGGGAGCAACUUUAGGCCAGAGAGAGGUGUCAGGCAUCUGGGAAGCAGCGCAGGUGUCCUGGCACAUAAACUGCAAGGAGCUCUUUGCCGUACAUCUGGCUCUAAAGAAACUAGAACCUUUGGUAUCGAACCAAGCUGUUCAAGUAAAUAUGGACAAUACCACAGCGUUGGCCUACAUUCGGAAACAAGGAGGGACCCACUCCUUGUUCCUUUACGAACUGGCAAGAGACCUACUGCUUUGGACUUCCCAGAGGAAUAUCUCCCUGCUUAUAAGAUUUAUUCAGGGAGUGAGAAAGGUAAGGGCGAACAGGCUCAGCAGGAGGAACCAGGUCCUUCACACAGAGUGGACCCUCGACUCAGAAGUGUGUCAGAGUCUCUGGUCUCUUUGGGGAACUCCCCAUGUGGAUCUCUUCGCCACAUUCCUUUCCAAAAGACUGGAGGUAUUUUGUUCGGUGGUAGAAAAUCCCAGAGCUCUGAUGGUAGACGCCUUCCUACUAGACUGGUCUCACGUAGACGUCUACGCUUUUCCUCCGUUCAAGAUCCUGGGACUAGUUCUGAAGAAAUUUGUAGCUUCAGAAGGAACAUGGAUGACCCUGAUAGCCCCCUUUUGGCCAGCACAAGACUGGUUCACAGAGGUGGUGGAGUGGACAGUAGAUUUUCCCAGAUCCCUCCCAAGAAGGACGGAUCUUCUCAAACAACCACACUUCCAGAGGUAUCAUCAAAACCUCCUUGCUCUCGCUCUGACUGCCUUUCGACUAUCGAAAGACUUGUCAGAGCAAGAGGGUUUUUCUCGCAAAGUUGCAAGCGCGAUUGCGAGAGCCCGCAGAGCUUCUACUAGACGAGUAUAUCAGUCUAAGUGGGAAGUUUUUAGAAGGUGGUGUGAGUCUAAGAAGUUGUCCUCCUCCACUACCUCUGUGACGGAAAUCGCUGAUUUCUUAUUAUUCUUGAGGGAAGAUUCUCAUCUAUCGGUACCCACAAUAAAGGGUUACAGAAGUAUGCUUUCGGCAGUCUUCAGGAAUAGAGGACUAGAUCUAACAGAGAAUAAGGAUCUCCAUGAUCUCAUAAGAUCAUUUGAGACUACGAAGUCGUCGGGGCCAGCUCCUCCUAGCUGGAACCUUGAUGUAGUUUUAAAAUUCCUUUCCUCUGAUAAGUUCGAACCUCCUCAUCUGACAUCUUUUCGAGACCUGACUAGAAAAUGUUUGUUCCUAUUAGCUUUAGCCACAGCAAAAAGAGUUAGUGAACUGCAUGCUCUAGAGGAUAAAGUAGGAUUUAAAGGGGACU